GUUGAUGUUGUUUGUAGGCUGCUCCACAGAGUGUCAAAGUUCCGAGGGUCAGGUAGACUGAAGGGUGAGAUGGGGGCAGCAGAGUGGUUUAUUCACCCUGUUGACCCGGCAGUGGCCCCUGACUACUACAACAUCAUCAAACAACCCAUGGACUUCAGCACGAUCAAGAAGAAACUAGAGGGAGGUCAGUACAACAGUAUGGAGGAGUUCCAUUCUGACAUGCAGCUGAUCAAGUCCAACUGUUUCCAGUACAACCCUCCGGGACACGAGGCACGCAGAGACUGUGAGGAGGUCUUCAACUUCUACCUGCAUGAGUAUGGUAAACUCAUGGAGAAAUGCAAGACUGUGGUGGUUGUUCCCAAGUCUCCCAAGAAGUUCAAGUUGGACGUAUCCAAGAGUCCGAGCAAGAGUCUAUAACACAUCAUGUUUUAAACUGGUGACUUUUUAUUUGGAAACACAACAAAACUUUGAAAUACCCUUUAGAAACUCUCAAGUGAAAAAUAAAAACACUACUGAGAAAAUCAUAUUCUGUCAAACAACCUGUAAAGUUAUCACACAUUUACAUUGGAUAUCAUAUUGAUUCAUGAUAUGGUAAGUCUUCUAGCAAAAUGGUUUUCAAUAUUUAGAAUGACCAUUGUUAAAUAUGAAUCUAGAGGCAGCAGUUACAUUGUACAAUGUAGUGCCCAUCAUUGUAUUUUUGUAUGACAUGUAGCUUUUAGAUAAUGCAAGUCAGGGUUUUCUGCUGGUUUGCAAGUAUCCUUUCUUGGCAGGUAAUGUACAGUUAACGUUUGACAGUUGAGAAAACUAGUAAAUGACUAGUAAAAGGCUACAAAAAUGCCUCAACUUGUGCCAUGCAAGUCCAGUUACUUACUCUGGAUAUUAUUAUGUAGAAAAUAGCUGUAAACUAUGUUGAACUUUCUACCUUGCCUUAAAAAAAAAAAGAAUGUCAAUAAGGGGUCUGUAAAACGGUGUCAAUCUUUUUUUCUGCUUGCAUAAUUGUCUCAAAGAAAAGUAUCCGAAAUCUGCAAAAGUUUUUGCCAUUUGAAUCAACUGCUGUGUUUAGCAUAGUUUGGUUCAGUAUUUGGUAAUAGAUGAUAUAGAUAGAUACAGACAUUACAGAAUUGUACUGUAGUUAAUUACAACAAACUAUGAAGGUAUGAAAUGUGUUCUUGUUGUUCAUUGUAGUGCAGCAGGCAUAUUCUUGCACUGCCUUUGGUUGACAUUUGAAGGUAUUUUCGUAAGAGAAAGGAUAUUGUUGUUUCCUUUCAUAUGGAUGUUGUACCUAUAAAGAUUAACUUCUUUGAGUAUACAGCUACUGUAUUUCCUGAAGGGAAUUUACUAACGUCACCAUAUAGGUAUUAUGUGUUCCAAGUGAAGGUUACAAGAAGUAUACUGAAGCGGUUGCGCAAAAAAGAUACAUACAAAUUAUACUAGUAGAUACAUGGUAUGUCUAAGAAGACAUUUUGUCUCAGAGUAAACAUGAUGUCUUGUACAAACACUACUUGUUAAAGUUGUCUCUUAAUUAGCAAGGAGCGAGCAAAAUUUUACGGCUGCUGAAUUAAAUCUCAUUGUACAGUAACUGUUAUUGUUCAGUGAUAUGGUGUUUCUAUGAAGCUCUUUUACUACUAUCCUGUUUUUCAUAUCAAGUGAACUGGAAUGAAGAAACAACACCUAUAACAAGGAAUGUUACAGGUGAUGGAAUUUUUUUUAACAAAAGCUUUGCUAUUUCUGGAUGAACCAAUAGACCUUUUUCCUGUUACGGAGGCCAUGUUGGAUUUGCUGGGGUCAUCAGGGACCAUGCAUCAAAACAAGGCUGUAGUUCGCCAUUCUCCUAUUUAGCAUGUAUUGCAGACAUAUUAAAGCACAUGUACUAGUAUGCCCCCGAAAAUCCAUUAUGGCCGCUGUAACUUG